GGUGCCAUUCAUAAAUCACCAAUAAACGGUAAAGAUGAAAAAUGUGUAGCAAUGGCAUCCAUAGGCUCAUCAAUCGCAGAAUCGCAAAUGUAGACAAAGUUUUUCGCUACACAUUUGACAGUUUGGCGUCUUUACCCACCUUUAGAGCGGAAAACGGAAACAUUUAUGGCCAUAAAAGGAUUAUAGGCGACUAUAGAAGAAACUUUUCAACGUCUAGUGAAGAAUCGGCGGAUAAAUUGACCAGCGAACAGUUGUACGAGAUUAGUGACUAUCACGAGUACAUUUACGCGCGCAUUACGGAUGUUAAUGGCACUCAAAGGUCAUUCUUGCAACGGUAUCUGCCUGUAGAUUCAGUUCAGGAUGCUCUCCAUGUGCUACACGACUUCACGGAUCUGCCAUGGUGUUCAACCAUUGCGCUGGCGACUCUGAUUGUCAAGAUUAUGAUGUUCCCCUUGUGGAUCGCAGCAGAGAGAUCGCGUCGUAUGAACGCCUACUUGAUCCCAGAGGUGACAGAGUUGAAACACAAGUUCAAGGAGGCAUAUGCCACGGGGAACACAAAAGCAGCACAGGAACUCCAGUCCAGAAUGUUUCAAAUCGUGAAAAGAAAGACGUUUGUAAAGGGUUCUAUUAUACAGGUGGUUGCUACACUUUCGCAGGGUGCCAUCUUCGCCUCGGUGUAUGGAGGUUUGAGGUUGUUUGCUAUAAACCCGAGAGACUGCCCAAAUUUUACAUUUGAGUCGCCCCUUUGGUUGGACAGUUUGGCACUACCAGACCCAUACUUUAUUCUUCCGUCGAUUUUUGGAAUGUUGAUGACGAUUGUCUGUGAGCAGAAUAACGAAACUGCCGAAAUGAUGAGAGGAAAUCGCAAGAUUGACCCUAAAAAUGCUGAGCUUGUGAAGGAGCAAAGGAAACAGGAUAUUUUAAAGGGAGUAUCUAGGGGUGCUAUUGUUGUUUUUACAGUGUAUAGCUUAUUUAUGCCGGCCAGUGCCUUUUUCUACCUUGUGCCUAGCUUCCUCUUUCAGACGUUGGUACGUCACUCGUGCAACAAUUUUACAGUUGCCAAGUUCUUUGACCUGCCCCUGCCGAUUGUAAAGGAGACACCCGGUAAGGAGGUAGCGAAAAAGAAUCAUAAACGUUAG